CUGUAUAAAUAGUGCAACCUGCACCCCAGCGUGAGGACUGGAAGCCUGCAUUCCCCAGUACACCUGGAUUGGCACACUCACAGAAAGGUGUCCACCCAGCUGAUGCCAUGAGACUCCACAGCCUCAUCCUGCUCUCCUUCCUUCUCCUGGCCACUCAGGUGUUCUCAGAAAAGGUCAGAAAGAGAGCCAAGAACGCAUCACACAGCACAGCGGAGUAUGGGGUAGAGGGUUCAGCUCCUUCCUUGGGGAAGGCCCAGAAUAAGCAGAGAAGCAGGACAUCUAAAUCUAUGACGCAUGGCAAGUUUGUCACCAAAGACCAAGCCACAUGCAGAUGGGCUGUGACUGAGGAGGAGCAGGGCCUCAGCCUGAAGGUCCAGUGCACACAAGCCGAUCAGGAGUUUUCUUGUGUUUUUGCUGGUGACCCAACCAACUGCCUUAAACACGACAAAGACCAGAUCUACUGGAAACAGGUUGCCCGCAUGCUGCGCAAACAGAAAAAUAUCUGCAGGAACGCCAAGAGUGUCCUGAAGACCAGAGUGUGCAGAAAGAAAUUUCCAGAGUCUAACCUCAAGCUGGUAAACCCCAAUGCACGUGGAAACAUGAAGCCCAGGAAGGAGAAAGCAGAGGUCUCCGCAAGGGAGCACAACAAGGUCCAAGAAGCUGUCUCCACGGAGCCAAACAAGGUCAAAGAGGAUAUCACACUCAAUCCAGCUGCAACCCAGACCAUGGCCGUUAGAGAUCCAGAGUGUCUAGAGGAUCCAGAUGUGCUCAACCAGAGGAAGACUGCCCUGGAGUUCUGUGGGGAAUCUUGGAGCUCCAUCUGCACGUUCUUCCUCAACAUGUUACAGGCUACAUCAUGCUAAUGAAGUCAGAGGGAGCAGCCUGAGACAUGUGGUAUCAGAGCCCCACUGUCUGCUGGAAACUUCCCGAGUUCCCCACAAGAUACAUUUCUAAUAUGGGAACAAAAUGAAGUAUUUAAACAGAUUUUGUAAAUUUUGUUUUUGUGUUUUAGAAUUUGCUUCAUUUUUUUUCCACAUCCUUGGAUAUGCUUUUCAGAGAUGCUUUACCUCAGCGUAUUCUUCCAUGGACCACAAACCUAGGUGCAUUUAAGUAGUGGAUCAAUGCAAGUGAUAAUAUGCAAACAAGGAAUUGUUGGCUGUAUUUACCAGGAUAAUAAAAUUCUGGGCAUUCUCAGAAA